GCUGACCCUGUCCCACUCUGGGCUCCAGAGUGACGUCUCGCUGGACCAGAGUGUCCUUCUCCUCCCCUCCCCCCAGUGCACUCCCCUCUCCCACCGCCUGAGAGCCAGCGUGCUCCAGAGCACCGCAGCGACCCCUGUGACUCCAAGCCUGUUUUUGGAGGACAUCACGGACGCUGAGAAGCUGUACCAUGAGUGUCAGCAGGACGGGCCCAAUCACGUUCGAGCAGUGCAUCCCGCCCCAGCGGAUGAAGCUCUGUAAGAAGGUGGGAGAGGGAACAUUCGGAGAGGUGUUCACCACGACCAACGAGGCUGACGAGACCGUGGCUCUGAAGAUUGUUCCUAUCGAGGGCAAUCAGAAAGUGAAUGGGGAAGAUCAGAAGACAUUUGGUGAAAUUCUUCACGAAGUGAUCAUUUCAAAGGAGCUUAGCAGCUUGGAUGCUACGCGAAUGAACAGAACAAAUGGUUUUAUAGGAUUAAACAACCUGCACUGCGUCCGAGGCUCGUACCCCAAGGUCCUCCUGAGCGCCUGGGACAAAUUUGACAAGCAGAGGAGGUCGGAGAACGACCGCCCCGACAUGUUCCAGGAGGACCAGCUGUUUCUCAUUCUGGAGUUUGAGUUUGGGGGCAGUGAUCUGGAAGCCAUGAAUGGCAAGCUCUCCUCAUUGGCUGUUGCUAAGAGCAUCCUGCACCAGGUGACCGCAGCCCUGGCGGUGGCGGAACAGGCGCUGUGUUUCGAGCACAGGGACUUGCACUGGGGUAACAUACUGGUGAAGACCACCAAGGAGAAGACGGGAACCUACGAGCUGAACGGGACCUCUCACUCCCUGGAGACCAAGGGCGUACACGUCAACAUCAUCGACUACUCCCUCUCCCGGCUGGAAAUUGACGGCCUGACGGUGUCUUGCGAUAUCUCCGCUGACGAGGAGCUCUUCAUGGGGCAGGGGGAUUAUCAGUUCGAAAUUUACCGCAAAAUGCGCCAGGAGAACAACAACAGCUGGAGUGAGUUCAACCCGCACACCAACGUGCUCUGGCUUCACUAUCUGGCGGAUAAGCUGCUUCUCAUGAGCUACAGGAACCGACCGCAGUCCAAGCCCAUGAGGGAACUCAAGAGGAGCCUCCAGGACUUCCACGGGGAGCUCCUGGCCUACAAAUCAGCCAGCAGUGUCCUGGAGUCCUGCAGGCUGUUCCAGGAGGCUUAGCUGAUCGAUGGACUCACCCGCACAAUUUACAAGUCCUCCUUUUAGAAAUGCACUAUUCUAGAUACUAGCACCAAUGUAAAUAACCAUUUCAAAUGUCUAAAAACAACCUUUUGUACAAUUCAUUAUGUUAGUACAUUACAGAAAAUGCAUGUAUGUAGUGUAAAUAGGCGUUCGUUUUUAUGGUAAUUACUGUGUCAAUAAAAUGAAAACUUUGA